AUGCUGAUAUACAUCAUUGGUUUCUGUAGAGAAUGGCCAUGGUUAUUAACCGAUGCUAAAGAGAAGACAUACCAAACAUUGAACAACUCAACUGAUAAUAGUCCUGUGCCAUAUGCGAAAGUAAUUGAAUAUACCAGCCAAGUGAAAAAUUGGGAUGAGGAAGUGAGUUGUAUCAGAUAUUUGGAGAAAGCAUCAAUUCCUGGGUACAUAGUUUAUGUUGACUGGAAGAACGGAUACAAAUCAACACAUCACUCAUCUGAAGUCUAUGCCAAAUGUCCCCAAAAAAUGAUUGAAUUCUAUGAAAAAUAUCUAGUAUUCACUGAUAUUUUGAAAGAAGAAAUUAUUGACAUAGUAGCAUAG